AGGCGGGCACAAAGUCGCGCUACUGCUCAGAGACCAGACGUGUAGCUAGUUGGCUGCUGUGAAACUUCGGUGUACGUAUUUUUUAUUGCUACGCAGCGAAGUAAUAAUUAUUUUGUACGUUUGUAUUCUUUGGCUUUGCCGCAAUUUUUGAACCUAAUAAGGAAGAAGAGGAGGACAAGUGACGCGUCGUUAGUGGAGGAGCUUUUGGCUGUGUUCCUUUAGCUAGCUGUCCAGCUGCUGACAGAGAAGAUAUAUAUAAAUAUAUAUAUAUAUUUUUUUUUGAAAAGGGGCAGUCCUCCUCACUAUUUUCUCAUUCCAUCACUAUUUACACCGAUCAGGUACCACCAUGGUAAAGAAGUUGCUUGUAGACGUAGACUGUGGAGUGGACGAUGCCCAGGCUAUCAUGAUGGCUCUGGCUGUGCCGGAUGUGCAGAUCCUCGGUAUCACCUGCGUUCAUGGCAACGCCUCCGUAGAGAAUGUGUGCAGAAACGUCCUGCGUGUCCUGAAAGUUUGUGACCGGAUGGAGAUUCCUGUAUUCAGAGGGGCAUCAAAGCCACUUCUUGGGGAGGUUCUAAAUGCUUCCAUGUUUCAUGGACAUGAUGGGCUUGGUGAUGCUCCAGACCCGAAUGCUCCUGGUCUGGAACUAGCACAAGAGGAGGGAGCUGUGUCAGCCAUCAUCCGUAUCGUUAAUGAGCAUCCAGGAGAGGUAUCUAUAGUGGCCACAGCUCCUUUGACAAACCUAGCAUUGGCAGUAAAGUUGGAUCCUACCUUGCCACAGAAUCUAAAAGCCCUAUACAACAUGGGAGGCAACACAGAUUCUAGGGGUAACACUACUAUAUGCGGAGAGUUCAACUUUGCAGCAGACCCUGAAGCAGCAUAUAUUGUACUGAAUGACUACCUGUGCCCAACCUACAUCGCCUCCUGGGAGUUCACUUGUCUCAGCAAAUUGCCCUGGGAGUUCUGUGAUGUUUGGCUGGCUCAGGAUACCAAUAAAGCUCGGUUCAUGAAGAAGAUCUUCCAGCACAGCAUAGACAUGUGCAACAAUGAGAGGAUUAAUAAAGAGCUAGUAUCAGGACCAGGAUUUAUUUCUUGUGAUUCUUAUGCCAUGGCAGCUGCCAUCGAUGACACGUUUAUCAUCGAGAGUGACCAUAAGGCUGUGACUGUAGAGCUCAGUGGUAAACAUACCAGGGGAAUGAUGGUGGUAGAUCACCUUGAGAUUCUGAAGACGACUCAUAAAGCUUACAUUAUGAAGAAGGUAGACUUAGGAAGGUUUAAGGAGCUAAUGAUGAAUGCUUUGAAAUGAGAAUUUUAACAGGAGCAUGACUACAAUUAUUGUAUAAUCACUGAAACAGAUCUUGUGCUAGCAUAUGCUUGCUUGAAAAGGCUAUUUUUAAAAUCUUGAACAAAAAUUGUAAUAAUUGUUCUUUUGUAUGAAUUAUGGAUGGAAAGCAGUCUGAGUAAUUUUUCUAUAUAUAUAAUUGUACAAAAAAUUCUAAAAAAAAUUUUAAAUAUCAAUUUUUUUUAUUUUAUUUUACAAUUUUACUCCCCACAACAUUGAAAGUAAAUCUGUAUCUGUAAUUAUAUUGGUGCUGUUAAUAAAACAAUGUAAAUUUCA